UUUAUCAUUCUUCUUAAAUUUAUGUAUAAAUAUUGCUCCAUCUUUUCCUUGCUUAGAGAGAUAUAUCGAUAUAAUUCAAUAUUCAUAGAUGGAAAUAGAACAAGGAAGAGAUCAAAGACUGUAUGAUGCUGCAAAGGAAGGCAAUGUUGCCUCUUUGAAUAGGCUAAUCCAAGAGGACCCUCUCAUACUAGAUCCAUACACCAUCCAUACUUUUCGUGAAACCCCUUUACACUUGGCUUCUAUGUUUGGACACUUGGACUUCGUCAAAUCGAUUCUAGCUCUCAAGCCUGAGUUGGCUAAGGAGCUCGAUUCGCGAAGCUUGACACCUCUCCACCUUGCAUCAGCCAAAGGGUACGUAGAGAUCGUGAAAUCUUUGCUACAAGUAAACAAAAACAUGUGUUUUGCACUUGAUCGGAACGGGAUGAACCCGUUACACUUGGCAGCAACAAAAGGUCGUGUCGAUGUUCUAAGAGAGCUCGUUGAGGCUGAACCAGACGCAGCUAGGGUCAAACUAGAUGGGGGAGACACAAUCUUGCAUCUUUGUGUGGAGAAUAACAAGAUGGAGGCUUUGGAGAUGUUGGUGCAAAGGGUUGGGGAUAAAGAGUUUUUGAAUUCAUUUGAUGCUCAUGGUAAUACUAUUCUACAUUUGGCUGUGGCUAAUAAGCAACUUGAGGUUGUAAGAUUUUUGGUUGGAAGCACCAAUAUAGAAGUUACCACACAAAACUUCUUGGGCCUCACACCAAUUGAUAUUUUAUCUCAUAGUAGAAGACAUGUCAAAGACUUGGGCAUUUUCGAGUCUCUCCAAUCUCGUGGAGUAAAAAACAAUCAAGUUAUUGCUCCCCAUAAUUCCCAGCUUUCAAUUAAAUCGACAAGCUUAGGAAAGAAAGACAUGAAACCUCUUAAACCAAGUGAAUUAAUGUUGUCUAAGAAACAGUUAAAACAAGAUUGGGUGAAAAGAAAAAAGGAAUCUUUAAUGGUGGUGGCCAUUCUAAUUGCCACCAUGGGUUUCCAGGCAGGAAUAUACCCUCCUGGCGGUGUUUGGCAAGAUGACAAGGUUGGGCCCGAUGGGCACACUGCGGGAUUAUCCAUACUGAAAGACAAAAACAGGGAUGGUUAUAUGAUAUUUUUAAUAUCGAAUACAAUAGGAUUCACAUCAUCUCUGAGUGUGAUAUUCAUGUUGAUAAGUGGAUUACCCUUUAGGAAUAAAUUGAUGAUGUGGCUACUCAUGAUGAUCUUAUGGGUGUCAAUCACUGCCACUGGUUUUACUUACAUGGUGGCAUUGUUUUUCUACACCAGUAGAACAGGCAAAGAUAUACUUAAUGACAGUAAGGAUGGAGAUAUUCUAUUUCUUGUUGUAACUGCUUGGCUGGGGUUGAUGGCCCUCCUUUUCGUCGCGCACACAAUUCGCUUAAUUUACAUUAUAAUCAAGAAGUUUUUUCGCUUCAUAUUGGCGCCUAUGCAGAGGAGACUAACAGUUAGGAAUAAAAACAAGAAGAUGAGUAAUCAUAGAGUCAUUCAAGUUUGAUAUAUAUCUUUCGUCCUACUAUACAUGAAGAGUGUUCAAAUCUUGAUAGAUUAAGUUGAUGUUUUAUUUCACUAUGUAUUAUUAAUGUUAUUGUCCAAUGUCACAAAACAAAUUAUUGUGUUUGA